AUGUCACUCAAUGUGAAGAAAUGCAACUGUAUUACAUUUCAUAGAAUUAAAUCUGCCAUCAUCUUCGACUACAAACUGGAUAACAUUCCACUGACUCGUUGUGAGAGUAUCCGUGACCUUGGAGUAAUGCUUGCUCAGGAUUUGAGACCCAAUUUACAUAUCCAAAACGUCUGUGCGAAAGCGUCUAGAUCUCUUGGCCUGUUAGCACGUUCUUCCAGAGACUUUGAUGACCUCAACUCUCUUAGGACACUCUAUUGCACCCUUGUACGUCCGCUGCUUGAAUAUAACAGCGUAGUAUGGUCGCCGCAUCAGAUUACCCUGGUUCGGGAGCUUCAGACCAUCCAAGACAGGUUCUUACGUCUCCUUGGCUGUCGGAUGGGGUUUGCCUUCAGAGAAGUUCCUAUUAGAGAUCUCGAGCCAUUGUUCAACCUUCAAAGCUUGGAAGUCAGAAGAGAUGUUUCUGGAGUAGUGUUUCUGCACAAGCUGGUGAAUGGUUUCGUGGACUGUCCGGAGCUGCUAGGCCAGAUUGGUUUCCUCUGUCGUACUGGAACCAGAUCUACCGACCUUUUUGGAAGACGGCAUGUGAGCACCAACUAUGAUGCAAACAGCACCCUCAAUAGGAUCCAGAGACUUGGGAACAAAGCCUCACACCACAUCGACUUUUUCGCUGACAGUUCCACAUCAGUCAAGAGGAGCCUGCUAAGAGUCGCAACUGACGAGCUCUACAGCCUGCGACAAUGA